AUGUCUGCCAAGUCGAUCCUCGAGGCCGACGGUAAGGCCAUCCUCAACUACCACCUCACUCGUGCUCCCGUCAUCAAGCCGAGCCCUCUGCCCAAGCCGACCAAGCAUAACCCUCCCUCUCGCCUGGCUUCCCUGCACUUCCCCGAGGACGCUGAGGUCGAGGACGUCCUCAACCAGGCCGAGGUUACCUACCCGUGGCUGCUGCACCCCGGUGCCAAAUUCGUCGCCAAGCCCGACCAGCUCAUCAAGCGCCGAGGCAAGAGCGGUCUCCUGGCCCUGAACAAGACCUGGGCCGAGUCCAGGGCUUGGGUUGCUGAGCGUGCCCGCAAGGAGCAGAAGGUUGAGCACACGACUGGUCUCCUGACUCAGUUCCUCGUCGAGCCCUUUGUGCCUCACCCCCAAGACACCGAGUACUACAUCAACAUCCACUCGGUCCGCGAUGGCGACUGGAUCCUCUUCACCCACGAGGGUGGCGUUGACGUCGGGGAUGUCGACGCCAAGGCUGAGAAGCUCCUGAUCCCCGUCGACCUCACCGAGUAUCCUUCGAACGAGGAGAUUGCCUCGACUCUCCUCAAGAAGGUGCCGUCUGGUGUCCACGACGUGCUGGUUGACUUCAUCAGCCGCCUGUACGCCGUCUACGUCGACUGCCAGUUCACCUACCUCGAGAUCAACCCCCUGGUUGUCAUCCCCAGCGAGGACAAGAAGUCUGCCGACGUGCACUUCCUCGACCUGGCUGCCAAGCUGGACCAGACUGCCGACUUUGAGUGCGGUGUCAAGUGGGCUAUCGCCCGUUCGCCCGCGGCUCUGGGCAUCACCAACGUGGCCACCGACGGCAAGGUCAACGUCGACGCCGGCCCCCCCAUCGAGUUCCCGGCUCCCUUUGGCCGUGAGCUUUCCAAGGAGGAGGCUUACAUUGCCGACCUGGACGCCAAGACUGGCGCUUCUCUCAAGCUGACGGUGCUCAACCCCAACGGUCGCGUCUGGACGCUCGUGGCCGGUGGCGGCGCCUCCGUCGUGUACGCCGACGCCAUCGCCUCGGCCGGUUUCGCCGAUGAGCUGGCCAACUACGGCGAGUACUCUGGUGCUCCCACCGAGUCGCAGACGUACCACUACGCCCGCACGGUGCUGGACCUGAUGCUCCGGGCGCCCACGUCGGAGAAGGGCAAGGUUCUCUUCAUCGGCGGUGGUAUCGCCAACUUCACCAACGUUGCCAGCACGUUCAAGGGUGUGAUCCGCGCUCUCCGCGACUACGCCGCUCAGCUCAUCGAGCACAACGUCAAGAUCUGGGUGCGUCGCGCCGGGCCCAACUACCAGGAAGGUCUCAAGAACAUCAAGGCCGCCACCCUGGAGCUCGGCCUCGACGCCAAGGUGUUCGGCCCCGACAUGCACGUGUCCGGUAUCGUGCCCCUGGCCCUCGUCCCCGGAAAGUGGGAGGAGAGCAAGGCCCAGGAGUUUAGCGGUUAA